ACUAGUGAGUGUUUGCCGUUGCUAGGCCGCUCCAAGGGGAGGUUGCCGGACGCUGGAUCCUGAUACAUCUUCCAGUGGCUAACCAGAUAGCGAGCUAGCAUGUUAGUUACAUACAUUUGCCUACCCGUUAUGUGAUUGUUUUUGCUAUUUCAAGAGGUGCACAGCUCGUCCGAGAUUUAUUAACGCUUUAAAGAUAACAACAGCCCCGGUUUUGAUGCUGGCCGUGCCAUCACUGUGACUUAAUAUUGCACGCAGUCAAUUUGAUGUCACAGAGUGUAGCAAGUUGGCAGUAGGAGCAAUCAUGUCCAGAAGCAAGAGCUCAGAGUCUGUGAAGGUUGUGGUGCGGUGUCGACCCAUGAAUGACAAAGAGCGUGCUGCAAACUUUGAAAGGGUGGUCUCCAUAGAUGUAAAGCUUGGCCAGAUUAUAGUGCGUAAUCCGAGAAGCGGGUACACCCAUGAACACCCCAAGGUUUUCACUUUCGACUCUGUGUAUGACUGGAACUCGAAGCAGGUUGACCUCUAUGAUGAGACGUUCAGGCCAUUGGUGGAUUCAGUAUUGCUGGGCUUUAAUGGUACUAUCUUUGCUUAUGGACAGACAGGUACAGGAAAAACGUUCACAAUGGAAGGGGUGCGCAAUGAUCCAGAAAAAAGAGGAGUCAUUCCCAACUCUUUUGAGCACAUUUUCACACACAUAUCCAGAUCACAGAACCAGCAGUAUCUGGUCAGGGCAUCCUACCUGGAGAUCUACCAGGAGGAGAUCAGGGAUCUGUUAGCCAAGGACCAGUCUCGUCGCUUGGAGCUGAAGGAGAGACCUGAUACAGGUGUUUAUGUCAAAGACCUUUCUUCAUUUGUCACCAAGAGUGUCUGGGAGAUUGAGCAUGUUAUGAAUGUUGGAAACCAGAACCGUUCGGUUGGCUCAACUAACAUGAAUGAGCAUAGUUCCCGUUCCCAUGCCAUAUUUGUUAUCACUAUCGAGUGCAGUGAGUUGGGUCCAGAUGAAGAAAACCACAUCCGUGUUGGAAAACUUAAUUUGGUUGACCUGGCAGGAAGUGAAAGGCAGACAAAAACAGGUGCGCAAGGAGAACGACUGAAAGAGGCCACCAAAAUCAACCUCUCCCUGUCCGCUUUAGGUAACGUGAUUUCUGCUUUAGUGGAUGGCAAAAGCACUCACAUUCCAUACCGAGAUUCCAAGCUCACACGUCUGCUUCAGGACUCACUGGGAGGUAAUGCGCGAACUGUCAUGGUGGCCAACAUUGGUCCAGCUUCCUACAAUGUAGAGGAGACCCUUACAACACUGCGCUACUCAAACCGUGCCAAAAACAUCAAGAACAAACCUCGCAUCAAUGAAGACCCCAAAGAUGCCCUUCUACGGGAGUUUCAGGAGGAAAUCGCUCGUCUGAAGCAGCAGUUGGAGAAAAGAUCUGGGGAGAAGAAGAAGAAAAGGCGGAAGAGGCGGGUUGGGGAGGGUGGAGAUGAACUGGAUGAUGAUGUGGAAGAUGACGAGGAAGACGAUGAUUAUGAGGUACAGGUAGAUGGGGAUAAGAACAUAGCUGAUUAUUGGCGGGAGCAGCAGGAGAAGCUAGAGAAGGAGAAGAAUGCCAUUCUGGAGGACCACAGCCUGGUGGCAGAGGAGAAGCAGAGACUGCUCAUGGAGAAAGAGAAAAAGAUGGAUGAUCUACAUCGGGAAAAGGAGGCAUCAGAGAUGCUGGCAGCUAAAGUCAAGGCUAUGGAGAGCAAGCUGUUGGUUGGAGGGAAGAACAUUGUUGACCACACUAAUGAGCAACAGAGAAUUCUGGCGCAGAAAAGGCAGGAAAUUGCUGAACAGAAAAGGCGUGAAAGGGAGAUGCAGCAAGAGGUGGAGUGUCGUGAUGAAGAAACUCUGGAGCUGAAGGAAACAUACAGCUCAUUGCAACAGGAAGUUGAUAUUAAGACCAAGAAACUGAAAAAGCUCUUUGCCAAGCUACAAGCAGUGAAGGCAGAGAUCCAUGAUGUCCAGGAGGAACAUAUUAAAGAGAGACAAGAACUGGAACAGACACAAAACGAAUUGACCAGAGAACUCAAGCUGAAACAUUUGAUCAUCGAGAACUUCAUUCCUUUGGAGGAGAAGAAUAAGAUCGUUUUGAGGGCCACCUUUGAUGAGGAGGAUGACACCUGGAAAAUGAAACCCAUUACACGUGUUCAAGAUGCUCAGCAGAUGAUGACAAGGCCAGUGUCUGCGGUGGGAUACAGGAGGCCGCUGAGUCAACAUGCCAUGGCCAUGAUGCACACAGAUCCCAGAUACAGGGCCGAUAAUAUCCUGAUGCUGAGGCUUGACUACUUUACACGCACCACUAAAGAGUACGAGGAACCCAUGAUCGCACCAAAAGUGGCUGCAGCUUUAGAAGACGCACUGAGGGAGGAGGAUGACAUCCAAGUAGAUGCUUCAGCCUUGGCCCAUGCUGGAUUUAACAAGAAACCAAAACCAAGCCGUCCCAAAACAGGCAAGAAGGCGAGCACCCCUACGUCAGCUCAAAGCCCAUCCAGCUCAGGAUCUCCACUUUACCCACAGUCUCGUGGCCUUGUGCCCAAAUAACACUUCUAAAUCCUUACUCCUUCACCAGAUUCUUUAGCCCUGUAGACACGCCUUGCGCUAUUUGACCCUGCUCUGUAACAACAAUCUGAAGGUUGCUUUUAAUAAAAUGUCCAGGUUACGAAAUGUAUACUUUUAAAAUGUAUACAUUAAAUGAGAAGGCUGAUCAUGAUAUGACUUCUCAUCACCAAAAAAAAAAAAAAAAAGCAAGAAAUAACAUUUUUCUAAAUGCUGCUUGCUGGUUUAAAACAAUUAAAAGUGCAAUCACAAAUGGAAUUAUAAUUUUUUUGUUACAUUGGUGUUUAGAAUUGUGUUGCUGUUUUAUUUAAGAUGUGAAAAAAAAAAAAGAGUAAAAUCCUACAUCCUCUUUCUGUUCUUAUCGCGCAUUGGCACAAGUUGGACCACAGUUGGCAAGAACUCCAUAGUAUGUACAUAUGUUGUAUUUAGGUAGGUAGGUUUUCUUUUUUCUUUUUUUUCUUUUUCUUUUUUUGUAGGUUUAACAAAUUGGAAAGGUCACUUGAGGAUUUCAGUGGGUGGGAGUGAGCAAAUAUGUGCUGUAGUGUUAUCUACUGUGUAAAAGAGAGAAAAAGAGCACACUACAUCCCAGGUCCAGUUGCUAGCAGCACCUGCAUCCUUCCUCUCAUUCCUUUAAUGGGAACCAAGUAUGCGAGGAGAGGGGAAGGGUCAGGGAGUGGGUCUGGAUUGGACUGAUGUUCAUUAGAGCUGUAAUGCUGUUCUAUUCGGGUCACCCAAGUUGGAAGGAUUGGAGUGGGGAACACAGCAGGCCAACACACAGUGAAUAAUCAGGGUUCCAAGGUGCCUUACCUUCUCUUUUUACAUAAACAACAAAAGAAGAGACUUUUGAUUUUCACUUACACAGUUUAAAUCUAAAGUCAAGCACCAGUUCAGUGAAGCAACAAUGGAGUGCAAGUUUGUACCGCCACGGUUGUUUUGAAAUAUCACUGUGCUUUCCACUCCAGGGCAUCUGAUGGUACGUGACUUCAUUUUGCCUUGCAAAAACCCCUGUUUAUAGAUCAUUUAAAACGCAUUCUCUGCGUUCUCAGCAUCCGCAUCUCAGUAUUAUGUGAUGCUGGGAGAAUAGAGGGAAAAAAAAAAAACCCACCACAAAUACCACUGCAAUAUGCUCCUUACCCCACCCUCUGCCUUAUCAAUAAGGGUGACACCACUGCUUGCUGCUACUGUAGGGUUUUAAAACCCAUUUAUAAAGUGUGUACUUAUAUAUGUAGAAAUGUCAGUACAUCAUUUUCUUCUAUACUGUUGAACUAAAAUGGCAACAAAAAAAAGAUGAAUAAUCAUAUAGCGACAUUUAAAAACGCUAAUCUAUCGUACUGAACCUGUCUGUUUUAUAUUCAAGCAGCUAUAGAUCCCUUUUUGUGUUUCUUUGGCAUAGAAUGUAAUGUUAAUCUUUCAAUUUUUAGCAUUAUUUAAUGUUGUGUACAUUUAUAUUUUUGCAUUAAGGAUUUUAAGAGGCUAUUUCAUGUUGUCUUGUUCACGUGAUGUCUUCUGAAUGAACGUCUUGAUGCAUCUUCACUUGUGGCAGUGUUUAGCUUCUUCCCAACAUUGUGUUGUUUUGUUGAUUCCAAACACGAUUAACAGGAAAGCCGUUUCGCCAAACCAAAUAGGAAAUAAAGACUUUUUGUUUUAGUUUUUUUGUUUUUUUAAGAAAAAAAAAGCACUAAUGAAAAUGCACAUCCUUUAUCUCGUGUAAUUCAUCCAGUAAUAUAAAUCCAAAUCUGAACCAGAA